AGUAGUAUCGCUGUUAUUGCGUCCUCCGAAAACGUCAUUCACGGAAAAAGAGCUCCAAGCAGCGCUCUGGUCAUUCAUUGGAGGCAGGGAAUCUAACCUGGAGAGCAUGUUCUUAGUAUCAGUUAUAGCGGGCUGUUUGGUCUUGGAGAUGACAGCGCUAUUGCGUGUUCGCGCUAUUUCGGAUCGUUUGAGAAGCGGAUUAUUAAAGAAAUGAGCGAAAGGAAACUGGUUCUGGCCGCUAACCACCAUUCUCGCAGUGCUGCCAUUGGAAAGAGAAAUCCAAGCGAAGAUUAUCUGCUGAUGAGUACAGACCUAGCGGACGAGAGCUAUGCCAAUUAUCAUGGAUAUUGCUAUGGUUGUAGCAACGGUGACAGACAGGUGCUUUUGCGGCAGUCCCUGGGGAAGUCCAGGCGUCAGGCUGCGAGGGGGCCGGCCUACAUGUUCAAUGUGCGCUCUGAGAGCCUGUCUGUGACAGAGGAGCGCUUCCUGGAUGCGGCCGAGUACGGCAACAUUCCCGUGGUGCGCAGGAUGCUGGAGGAGCUGCCCGAGCUCAAUGUCAACUGCGUGGACUACAUGGGCCAGAAUGCACUGCAGUUGGCUGUGGCCAAUGAGCACCUGGAGGUGACCGAGCUCCUGUUGAAGAAGGACAACCUGUCACGGAUAGGGGAUGCGCUCCUGCUGGCCAUCAGCAAAGGGUACAUCCGCAUAGUGGAAGCUAUUUUGGGUCAUCGGGCCUUCGCUGACGCUCAGAGGCUGACAGUCAGUCCCAGCGAAGUUGAGAUGAUGCAUGAUGACUUCUACGCCUACGACGAGGACGGAACCCGCUUCUCGCACGACAUCACGCCCAUCACCUUGGCCUCCCACUGCCACGAGUACGAGAUCGUGCACAUAUUGCUGAGCAAGGGCGCUCGGAUCGAGAGGCCGCAUGACUACUUUUGCAAGUGCGAUACUUGUGGCUACCACCAGAAGCAUGACUCCUUCAGCCACUCCCGCUCGCGCAUCAAUGCCUACAAGGGGCUGGCCAGCCCGGCUUACCUCUCCUUGUCGAGCGAGGACCCAGUCAUGACAGCUCUGGAGCUGAGCAAUGAGCUGGCAGUUCUGGCUAACAUUGAGAAGGAGUUCAAGAAUGAUUAUAAGAAGCUGUCUGUGCAAUGCAAAGACUUUGUGGUGGGGCUUCUGGACCUAUGUCGGAACACUGAAGAAGUGGAGGCCAUUUUGAAUGGUGACGUCGACUCCAGUCAAAGCUGUGAACCCCCUGGCCAGCGAAGUCUUAUCCGUUUAAAACUGGCCAUAAAAUACGAACUUAAAAAGUUUGUGGCACAUCCUAAUUGCCAGCAGCAGCUCCUGUCCAUCUGGUAUGAGAACCUGCCUGGGCUUCGGCAACAGACCACCGGCAUGAAGUUCCUGGUGGUCCUGGGCGUGGCCAUAGGUCUACCCUUCCUGGCCAUGGUGUACUGGAUUGCCCCGUGCAGCAAGUUGGGAAAGAUCAUGCGUGGCCCUUUUCUGAAAUUUGUCGCCCACGCUGCAUCCUUCACCAUUUUCCUUGGCCUCCUUGUCAUGAAUGCGUCAGACCGCUUCGAUGGAACCAAGCUGCUGCCAAACAUGACCACCCAUGACCACCCGAUGCAGCUGUUCCGCAUGAAGACCACCCCUUUCACCUGGAUGGAGAUCCUAAUCAUUUCAUGGGUCAUAGGGAUGAUCUGGGCAGAGUGCAAGGAGAUCUGGUCCCAAGGCCCCAGAGAAUAUCUGUUGGAACCUUGGAACCUUCUGGACUUUGGAAUGCUUGCCAUUUUUGUGGCAUCCUUCAUUGCCAGGUUCAUGGCGUUCUGGCAUGCCCAUGUAGCGCAGAGCUACGUUGACAAGCACUAUACUGACCUAUCAAACAUAACUCUACCCUUUGAGAUAGAAUACUACCGGCUGGCCCGCAUAAAGUGGCUCCCAUCAGACCCCCAGCUGAUUUCAGAGGGUCUGUACGCAAUCGCGGUGGUGCUGAGCUUCUCACGCAUCGCCUACAUCCUGCCGGCCAACGAGAGCUUCGGACCACUGCAGAUCUCACUGGGGCGGACAGUUAAGGACAUCUUUAAAUUCAUGGUGAUUUUCAUCAUGGUUUUCGUGGCCUUCAUGAUCGGGAUGUUCAACCUCUACUCGUACUACCUGGGAGCCAAGCAGAAUGAUGCCUUUACAACAGUUGAGGAAAGCUUUAAAACAUUAUUUUGGGCCAUUUUUGGACUCUCCGAAGUGAAGUCUGUUGUCAUUAACAAUGGACACAAGUUCAUCGAGAACAUUGGAUAUGUCCUUUACGGGGUUUACAAUGUGACCAUGGUCAUCGUCCUGCUAAACAUGCUGAUAGCCAUGAUAAACAGCUCAUUCCAGGAAAUUGAGGAUGACGCUGACGUGGAGUGGAAGUUUGCCAGGUCUAAACUCUGGUUCUCCUACUUUGAGGAGGGGAGGACUCUUCCUGUCCCCUUUAACCUGGUGCCCAGCCCAAAGUCAGUCAUCUGUUUAGUGCUGCGCAUCAGAGACCUCCUAAUGCUACUGCUGCGCAGACGAGAGGAGGUCGGGAAGGGCGACGCUGAGCUGAAUGAGCUGGGAAAAAGCCAGGAUUUGAGUGACAGAAAUUCACCUUGCCCAAGCCGGUACCAGAAAAUAAUGAAACGGCUCAUCAAACGUUACAUUCUCAAAGCACAGAUUGACAAAGAAAGUGAUGAAGUGAAUGAAGGUGAGCUGAAGGAGAUCAAGCAGGACAUCUCUAGCCUGCGCUAUGAGCUCCUGGAGGAAAAAUCCCACAACAUGGAAGACCUAGCUGAGCUGAUCAGGAGGCUAGGAGAGAAAGUGGCCAUGGCGCCCAAGCACCAGUGACAUCUGGCUAUAAAACCUGUCGAGAAUGGAAGUGGGAGCAGGAAUGUCCUGGAAGGAAUCUCAAAGUAAAUCCUUCUGUCUGAACCCUUAAGAAAAUUACCUGUUGUACAGCACGUCUGGAUACAUAUUACUCCAAGAAUUGGCAUUCAGCCAGGAAUGGAUGUGCCAAGUACUGUACAGUGUGCAUCAACUCUUUGGCUAAAGCGGAGUCCAAUGAGUUGUCAAUAUUAGUCCUAUUCUGGUGUUUUUUAUUGGUCUAUAUUAGGGAUAUUAUGAUUCACACACACAACAAUAAUGUAAAAGUGAAUAUACCUGCUCACAAAAGAUGUGUGGUGUGGACAGAAUGCUGACUGUGCCGUAUCUACUGUGGUCAGGGGUCACUUGUGGCAGCAGAUAAUUGUUUGUAAAGUCGCCCCUGGGGUGGGAGGGUUUCAACCAGCAAUGCAUUGUCCAUCUUACUCCUCAAAAAGAGCCUCUUCUGGUUGAUUUAGCAACUGCAGUAUUCCUGCACAGAAUGUAUCUCUCUGCACCAGCUGUGCUCUCCUUGAGCAGUUGCAGCCUCUUCAGGCCAGCUCUGUGAGUUACUCUGUCCAGUCCAGUCAUUCAGCUUGUGGACUGUAGAUGGGAAAGAAACUCUGUAAACUCAUGCCCACAAAUCUCUUAUCUCAUUUCCUGCAGAAGCAGCUAGAAUCAGGAAUGGGGCUUUAAGUAGUGGAUGGGUAACUUGUAUAGUAUCCUACCUACUCUAAUGGAUUACUUGCCAUUCGGAAUCCGGGCACCACCUGGUGGCCAAUGUAGGAAUGUCAUCACAGAGUGAAGAAGAUUAAAGUUGGAGCUAAAUGCAUCUGUACGCUAAAGUGGAGGCUGAUGAGUCAUGCUGCAUUUUGUGGCAUUUUUCAUACAGCAGUGCAAGGCAUGAGGUGAGAAUAAUAUGGCCAGAACUGUACAUCCUCCACAAUAAUGUGCACCCUCUUUUGAAUUUACAAAAGAUAUCACCUAGGAAAGCUGACAUUUAUGAAUAAGCGUUCAAGAAAAGCAAUGAGACAUAACAAAGUACAUGUCUAUGAAAGAAAAGUCUUGAUAAAAUGGAUUCAGUGAUGAAGUCUGCAGACCGGAAGUGUGCUGCUGUGUAUGUGAUAUUUUCAUCCUUAAAAAUGUUAGCCAUAUUCGUACUAUAGGUAAAUUAAAAUGCUUGGCCUGGUUCAUACAUGUCACAAGCAAACCCCUGCCCUUGUCUGUACUGAGCCAAACAUAUCUGAGAGAAUUACACAAAAAAACAAAUAUUUACUUAUACAGUAUACUUCAGAAUUAAAACAAAUAAUUAUGUCAGAUGUGUCAUUUUAUGUUCCAUGUGUUGAUUCAUAACAUACCGCUUUUACAACAUUAAGAAAAUUGUUCAACAGCUAAAAUAUUUAGAAUUCCUUUUCUUUAUUUCCUUCUUUUUUAUAUUUAAUUGGUUAUAUUUUGUACACUUCAAUGUAUAGGCACUGGACAGACACAGAGUACAGAAGAAAGGCAAAUUCAUUUUAAGCCAGAGUUUUUUUUCAUAGAGAAAUGUUCCGCCUAAUGCAAUUAAUUCAAUUCAAAAACCUUGUGCUCAUUGGAUUACUAUCAUUUGAACAUGCAAUGGCAGCACUUCUGCAGAGCAGCACGGUAGCAUAAUCAACACAAAUGCACCUCAGGGACAAAGUGUUGUUAUAAAUGAACGUAGCCUAUAAACUCCCAAACAGUUAUAAUUUACUGGGUAGUUAGCUAUCUAGCUGAAUGCAGAUUUUUGAUGCAAAGCACCUCAUGGACCUGGCUUCUAACCAUAGACUGUAUAAAAAAUAUGGACCAAGUCACUGUGACGUCACCCAUUGACUUGGUUUUGAAACCACUGAACUGUAUAAGAACCGUGGAAGUGCAGUUUUCAGGCAAUACCAUGUUGUGCAAAUUGGAAGCAAAGAAUGCGCAGUGGGGAAAAGGGAGACCCUUAUAUUGGCAUGAAGUCCGGCUGAGUCCAAGGUUUCCACUAAGCGGGUGAGAUACAAACUGACAAAAUAUUAAAAUCCUGUCCAAAUAGCAAUAACUUAGCAAAUAGGCGCAUGGGGAGACAUUAGAUGAAUAAAAAACACCUAUUGUGACUACAUUAUCUUGUGGGGAAAAAAAUAUUUGCUUCACAUUUUGACAGUAUUGUUACCAUUGACUUACAUUGAAACAGGUGGCUGAAACACUUACGCUGAAUCUAACCACACUGGCAUUAAGAGCAAUGUCUCUCAACAAGACCAGGAAAUGACCUUCAGACAUGAAGCCCAGUUUUGGCUGCUUGCUUGUAACUCGCUUAUUCACUCACGUUUAGCUGGCUCUGAAUUCUCCACAAGGGAGAACUGAAGUAGAUGAAAUAGCUGAAGCACUGAAGUAGCUGAAAUUCGGGGGUGCUAUGUAAGAGUGGUGCUUAGCAUCAAUGACACUGUGUGUCCUUUCUUAAAUACAGAAUGCAUUUGGGUAUUAUAUGUAUAACUUAGCCUAGGAUAUAGCGUAAAUAAUAAAAUGUUAAUAUCAUUUAGUAAGUGAAUGUAAUAUAGUUAGCUAACAUUAGAUGUCAAGUAACUUAACUUACUAAUGUUACUAGGGAGACAGACCUUCCCUUUUUUAGUGAUUGGAUUUCAAUUCCAUAAUGAUGAAAUGAGUAGCUGCCAUGUUAGCUAGAAGACAUUGAGGUAAAUAUUAUUUAAAUUGCCAUGACUGCACUUUAAUAUGCUCUUUUAACUGAACAGUGAGUAGCAUAAAACAACAAACUGAGGUGCAGCGUAGACGCUGCUAACAGAACUAGUUGUGUUAUUCUAUUCUUAUAGUUUAUAAUGCAUAACGUCAUGAGACAAUACUAAUGGGGACAAGAGGGACAGAGCAAACAGACACCCGUCCAUUAACUCCAGCUAUUUCUAACAGCUUCUACCAAAAAAAAAAAACUGCUUCAUCUAAUGAUGACUGCUUGGCAGAGAGGAUUCAGACCACACUAAACAAUAUAGAUCUGCAUCCAACCAACAAGGGUUGCUGCAGUACUGUUACCUUACCCACUUGCAUCAUUGUCCUGAAUCACUGACUUGGAACUACCCAUCUGUGUUGGUAUUAAACUUUAAGGAUUUUGUGGAAAGAGAAAAAUAUGCAUCUGACCUGCAAAUCUCCAAUCAAUUAAAAAGUGAAAUGCUUGCAAUAUGCAGGCAAUUGCUGGCGCUCUGGAGCCCCGUCUGGAUUGUGUUGCAAAAUGGCAAUUGUUGACCCAGAUCAGGAAUCCUGGAACUAGGAGGACUGCUUAUAGAGAUUUUAUAAAAAUUUAAAACCAGAAACUGAAGUGUUCAAACUCAGGAUGUGAACUGUGUAAACAGGCCCUAAAUCUUUGACGGCCCGCAUACAAGACUGUUGUGCCUCUUGUUAUGUUCGGAAAAGGCUGGUAUUUGUGUUUUUUUUAUUUUAUUUAAAAUCUGUUUUAAUGCCAUAUUAUUGUUAUAGUUACAUGAUUUCCAAGUUACACUGUGGUGGUGCAUGGGCCAGAGGAAGGCACAGCACACAUGCGGCACACGCAUGGCACAUGUAGUGAUUUUGAUAGAGAGGGACUACCACCUUUGCCUGAUUUUGAGCCAGAAAAAUACCUGCUAACCGCAAGGUGCUUUGUCCUGAUUUUGAGUGCUAAACCUCAGCUUCAUUCAUUUCCUAUGCAAUGUGCAAAGGUCACUUAAUGCUUCGAGCUAAAAACCUUAAAAAUCUCUGGGACUUAUAAAUAAAGUUAUCUCUGAAGGUAAAAUGCAGGUAAUUUUUUUAAAGUUAAUCAAAGGAAAAUAACUUCUUAUUAAUAUAAUUUAGUAAACUACUCAAAUGGAAAUUAAUUUGAAAUGAUGAUGUCCCAAAGCUAUGUGUCACAUCAUAGUAUUCUCCUUAUUACCCAAUGGGCCUAUCAGAGGUGCAUAAACCCAUCUAUACAGUGAGUUUUACUGAAUUCAUGUUAAGUAGGCCUACUAGCGGUGGGAUUAUUAAUCAUAUUUCACCAUCACGUUUGCACAUUGUUUUGUCAGUAUAUACAUAAAAUAUCUUACAGAACACUGCUGUCAUCCUAUUAACACAGUAACUAAAAAACAGCCAAAAACUAAAUUUUUGUAUUGUGCCAUAAACCUUUCUUUACUACGUGGAAGGUUACACUAUCACACUUCUGUGAGUGUCAUUAAACGUGACUUUCUCUGAGCUGUUCUUGAUUAUCACAGUUUCCUCUUUCAGUGUUCAAAGACAGUGAUUAAACCUUGUAUUUGUGUCCGUUCAGUUUCGAAAAGGACAAGCUCUCUGUCUUAGGCAAUCCCUGUCAUCCGAUCAAGGUGAUAGGCUAUAGAUUGCAGACUCCUGUUAAAGGAUGCAAGCCAACAUGCUGCACCACCCAGUGUUGUGGAAGUUUCUGCUUCUCAGUACUCCUACUGUCACACAAAUAUAUUCCUUCAUAAAUAAUGUAAAGUUCUGUUUUAUGUACACUGCUUGUUCACUAGCACCGACUUUAUUCAGUUUUCUUGUCAGGUGUAACUGAGUAGCUACCUGAGUAGCUUUUUAUGUAUUUGUGCAAUAGUUAUUAUUGCUUACAUUUCCUAAUUCAUGGUAUUGUUAUUCUUGUUGUCUUUGGCCCCGGUUAACAGGUAUACCAGUUCUGUGGACAUUGUAAAUGUAUCUAAACACAAGCUGAGCUUUUCUUUUUGUAUCAUUAAAAUAAUUAUUUUGGAUAUA